AUGGAUCAAAAUGAGAAAAAUAAUGAAAUUUUUGCAACUAUUUACGUCGGGGAUCUGUCUUCUAAAACUUUAGAAUCGGAUUUAUUUAGAAUAUUUUCUUCCAUUGGAGAAGUGGUAAAAAUUAAACUUAAAAAAAGGAUAGAGCCACUUUCAUCAUUUGCAUUUGUUACAUUUGCUAAUGGAGAUGCUGCCGAUAGAGCUAUUAAGGAAUAUAAUAAUUUUAGACUUAAUAAGAAGAACAUAAGGGUAUUACCAUGCAUGGAUGAGAAAAGUAAAAGGGAAGAUGCUAAUUUGAUAGUUAAAAAUUUACCAUCUUCAUUUACUAAUGAAAAUUUAUAUGAUACAUUUUCUGUUUUUGGAACAAUUAUUAGUGCUAAAAUAGCAACAUAUGCCGAUGGGAAACCUAAGAAUUACGGAUUUGUGCAAUUUGAUAAAAAGAAAUCUGCUAAAAUGGCUAUUAAACAUUGUGACGGAGGAAAGCUUGAUAAUAAGAUUAUUCAGGUUGAAAUAUUUGACAAGGAAAAAAGAAGAAAACAAGAAGAGCAAGCAUUAGAAAAUAAGCCAGUUAAACUCGAGCCAAAAUUUACGAAUUGUUUUAUCAAAAAUUUUCCUGAGUCAUUUACUGAAAAAGAUUUAGAGUCUUUAUUGAAUAAAUAUGGAAAUAUCACUUCUAUAUAUUUUCCACUUAAAGACGGCACUUUUGUUUCUAAGGGCUUCGCAUUUGCUAAUUUUGAGUCCCAUGAAUCUGCACAAAAUGCAAUCCAGGAGUUACAUGGUAAGCAGAUUUUUCCUUUUGAAGAAAAUUCUUACACUACGAAGCUUGAACCUUUUUACAUUCAAAAGGCACAGAAAAAGGAAGAAAGAGAAGAAUAUCUUAAAAGGUCUUUUGAACAAUUGUCUUUAGAAGGACAAAAUAUUAAGAGAAAUCUUUAUAUUACUAAUAUUCCUGCUUUUAUAGAAAAAGAUGAUAUUUUUGAAAUUUUUAGUGAGUUUGGUUCAAUUGUGUCUUUUUCUAUUGGAAUUGAUGCUGUUAAUGAACAGAGGAAAUAUGCUUAUGUUUGUUAUUCGACAUCUGAUGAAGCUUUUAUUGCUAUUGAAAAAGGGAAUGAGCUUUUUAUUGACAAUAACAAAUUGAACGUUACGUAUUUUAAAAACAAAGCAGAAAGAACUAAAGAAAAAAUGAUGUCAUCAAUUAAUAUAAAUUCUACGGUACCUUUUAUAUAUAGUUCUCCGCUGAAAAUUACACCAAAUUCAUCUUUCAAUUAUGAAAUGUUUUCUAACCUUUCGACUACUGAAGUUAAAAAUAAAAAGCUUUUUGAUUUGGUACUAAAAACAGCUACCAAUUUUAAAAAUGAAUGGGAUAAAUUAGAUGUGAACACGGAUGAAGAGUUUGCAAAAAAGAUUUCUAACAUUUUGACAAAAAAACCAAAAAAUGAAGUGUUAGAGAUGGAAGAAUAUAACGAUAUUUUAACAAACAACAUAAAUUACAUUAUUGAAGAAAAAAAGGAAAAAUAUAAAAACAAUUAA